AUGGAUGGAUCGACCUUGAGAGACAGUGAGGCUGUAUUGCUGGCAUAUGUACAAUUAAUUGAUGCAGGGCAAUUUUCUGAGGAAAGACUGGAAGAUGGUGCUCCUAACAUGAUGGCCAAGAAAAAUGGCUGCUUGAAAUUGAUUAAAGAUAUAAAUCCUGAAAUAGUUAUUGUGCAUUGUGUAAAUCAUAAGAUACACUUAGUUGCAAAAAAUAUCUCUCCUGUUCUAAAUAAGGUAUUACAUGCAGUUAUAAAAUCCAGUGCCAAAUCUGAGCGUCUUUUUAGGCUGUUUUGUGAAGAGCAAAAUGAAAGCUAUGUUAGACUUUUACUUCAUACUGAAGUAAGAUGGCUUUCCAAAGGAAAUUGCUUAAACAGAUUCAUGCAACUCUUCGAUGUUUUAAGUGAAUUUUUAAAUGACAAACCUGAAAUGAAGAUUUUAUUAACUAUCGAUGGUAAAGCGUUUGUAGGUUAUUUAACAGAUAUAUUUGAAAAAUUGAAUAUAUUAAAUAAACAACUCCAAGGACCAAAUAAAACACUUGUCGAUGCGAAAGCGAAGAUAUUUGGUUUCAUUACAAAUAUUGAAUUGUAUAUAAAACAAGUUGGCAACAGAAAUUUCGAGCAGUUUCAUUGGCUUCAAAAAUGUAAAGCAACUAGUAAUGCUUUACUUGUAAUGACAAAUCAUCUGGAUAAAGUAUCUGUCGACAUGAAGGAGAGAUUUUCUGAUUUGAAACAAAUUGAUUUCCCAGCAUGGAUGUUGCAGCCAGUAAUAGUGGAUUUGACUGAUAUUUCAGAUAUGCAGUAUCAGGAAGAACUUGCUGAAUUUCAAAAUAAUGAGUCAGCAAACACUUUAUUUAAUAGGAAAGGGGCAAUGCUAUGGCUUUGUCAAGAAAUUGAAGCCAAAUAUCCAAAAAUAACCAAGUGCACAAGAAAGCUUUUCCUGCCGUUUCCAACUUCAUAUUUAGUAGAAUGUGGAUUUAGUGCUGUGAAUGAUUUAUUGAUAAAAAAAAGAAAUAGACUUGAUAUAACAGAACGUGGAGAUUUGAGAUUAAAGCUUAGCUAA